AUCAUCUUCUGCUGCCAAUAUUAUAUAGUUUGUUUCUGGCUUUAUUGCACGCUUUAAUUUGAGCUUCCUCAUUUAGGGUUUUUUUCUUUUUCUGUACUGCCUCUAUUUAUUUUUUGCAGUUUUUUGCUAUGAACGUGAUUGGUUAAUUAUUUUCUGUUUAGUUUUUUUUUCUUUGAGGAAUUAUUGUUUAGUAAAAUUCGGAGAGCUACCUCUGAAUUGCUAGUUCAGCAUCUGGAAAUGGGGGUGCAUUUUCCAUGUAAAAUUGUUUGAUUGUGUGUCUUUUGGAGGUAUAGAUGCUUAUGAUUGGGGGGCUAUGGCUUGCAAUUUUUGCUUAGGAGAUAUGCAAGAAUGGGUCAUAUUACCUGUUCUGGCAUGUGAAUUAUGAAAAGGUUUUGGGUAUUUAUGGAUCAGUUAUACUGCUCUUUUCAAUGGGGAAUGGGGUAAGGCGGGUGCCAUCUUUAUUAAUGGUGUAACUUAUGUCAAUUUCAUGUGUUUAUAAAAUGACUCCACUGCUAUUACUUUUCAAGAGUUGGAAUUGCUGUGUGAGUAUGAUUGAAAGUUGAAACUGUGGAUUUAGCUUAUAACAGAAUGGUGUGACUAACAUCAACUCGAGUUGUUGCCUGUUCUUAUCAAGAAUUCAGAUAGUAGUAGCUUAAAUCUGUUCAGGAUCAUAGCCUUUCACUAAUAUGUUAUAUCCCCCUAAAAGAAGGAAUGUUAUAUCGAAAGGAAAGUGAUGAAUGCCUCCUUUACCUACAAAUUCUAGGGGAAUGCUCUAGCUCGGGCUGCCCGCUCUUGCAUUGAAUUUUGAUCAUAUCUCCAUCUCUUCUUCUUAAGACAAGCUGCAACUGGAGUAUUCAUUCAAAUCCAUGGCUAAAGUAAAUGGGGUUGUUUAUUCAUCCGCAAAAUCACCACAGCACCCUAAGUAUAUCACAAACCAAGGAGCAAACCAUCAUCGACAGGGAACAGGACAUCUAUCGCUGUCUAACCUGAAAAUCAGUUCAAAGCGAUUCUGGCCUUUAGGUCGGAAAUUGAAUGUAUAUAUUGAAUCACGAGGAUUUUCUUUGGUAUGCCAAUCAACAGAAACACAGAAUACAGAAACAAAAGAGCGUGUGAGGCACUACCGUGAUGGUUCAGUUAUAUCCAGAUCUCAAAGUGGAGAUGAGCAUCCCAUAGAGACUGGCAAAACCAACUCGUCUAGUCAGGGAUUAGCUGAAGCAUGCAAAUUUGUCUCAAAUGAUGCAAAAUUCAUGAAUGAAAGGGCUAGAAAUGAUAUCGUACUUCUUUCACGGGGCAUAAUGAAAUUGGAUGCUCGUGCACGACAAGAUGUUGCCUUUCUUGGUUCAGAGUUCCUCAAACUUGAUGCACGCGCUAGGGAAGACACUGAGAAAAUUGAUCUUGAUGUAAAGAAAAGAGCUGAAAGGCUUCAUCACGUUGCUACAAUUCUGAAAAACAUAGCUGAGUCAAGAUUGAAAAGGGCUGCUGACAAGCACUGGAGUGAUGGUGCAUUAGAGGCUGAUUUAAAGCGAGCUAACUUUGCUGCCAAAAGACGUGUUAUGGAAGAUUCUCUGAUGGCGUUGGAGUUUCUCAAAAACAUUCAUGAUAUGAUGGUGAGCAAAAUGCAGAGAUCGAAAAGAGAUCCUACAGGUGCUACUGAGGCGAGAAGGCAUGUAACGCUUGAAAAGAACGGGAAAACUCUUGAGUUUCUCCCAGGGGAUGUAUCUACAGAUCGUAUUGAUGCCAUUCAGGAAGCUUACGAGAGCAUGGCUGCUGCGCUUUCUGUAGCUGAUGGAAUUGACUAUACCGAUCCUGAAGAGUUGGAGUUACUCGUGGCAGCUCUUAUUGAUCUCGAUGCAAUGGAUGGCAAAAGCAGUGUAUCUCUGUUGGCUGAGUGCUCAAGCUCUCCUGAUGUCAGCACCAGGAGAGCGUUAGCAAAUGCAUUAUCAACAGCUCCAUCAAUGUGGACUCUAGGAAAUGCUGGCAUGGGAGCUCUGCAGAGGCUGGCCGAAGAUAGCAAUCCUGCAAUCGCGGCAGCUGCAGCCAAAACCAUCUAUGAAUUGAAGAGACAGUGGGAAAUAGAGGAAGGUGAUAGCUGGAGGUUCAUGAUGAACCAAAAUGCUCAAGUAGAUAACGAAGAUGCUGAUGAUACUGAAACAGAUUAGGAAUCCAUAUUCGUUUAUGAUCUCUAGACUAUCUUUGGGUCCUUUUAACUAAUUUACCCAAUGCUUAUCCAAAUCUUGCUUUUGUAUUAAAAUAAAGUGAAUUAAGUAAUGCCAAUCAAUUAAAAUAUUA